GGUCCCCGGGGGGCUAAAUAGCGGCGGGCUCUCCCCGAGCAGGAGUCGGAGCUGAACCGGGACUGCAGCCCAGCAGGCGAGGCGCCAUGGCGACCGAGGCUACCGAGAUGAUGGAGGAGCCCGAGAGCCGUUCUUUCGAGGAGGAAGAGGAGGAGGAGGAGGAGGAGGAGGAGGAGGAGGAGGAGGAGGAGGCGAAGACCUCCAGCCCCACAGACCUGUCCGAGCUGCUGAAGGAAGGGACCAAGGAGGCCCACGACCGGGCUGAGAACACCCAGUUUGUCAAAGAUUUCCUGAAGGGACGCAUCAAGAGGGAGCUCUUCAAGCUGGGCACAGCAGCCCUGUACUUCACGUACUCUGCGCUGGAGGAGGAGAUGGAGCGCAACAAGGACCAGCCCAGCUUCACCCCUCUGUAUUUCCCCUUGGAGCUGCACCGGAAGGAAGCCUUAGCCAGAGACCUGGAGUAUCUGUACGGGGAGAGCUGGGAGGAGAAGAUCCAGUGCUCAGAAGCCACCCAGCGCUACGUGGAUCGCAUCCAUCACGUUGGGCAGCAGGAGCCGGAGCUGCUGGCGGCCCAUGCCUACACCCGCUACAUGGGGGACCUUUCUGGGGGCCAGGUGCUGAAGAGGGUGGCUCAGCGCGCCCUGAAGUUGCCAAGCAGCGGAGAAGGGAUCAACUUCUACAUGUUUGAAAACAUCUCCAACCCCCAGCAGUUCAAGCAGUUCUACCGAGCCCGGCUCAAUGCCCUGGAUGUGUCCCAGGAGACCAAGGAGAGGAUCGUCAGGGAGGCCAACCGGGCCUUUGAGUUCAACAUGCAGGUCUUUGAGGAGCUGGACAAGAUCGGGGCUUUAUUACCAGAAGAAGCCCAAGAUGGCGGCCUCCCAGUGCAUGAUGGGAAGGGAGACAUGCGCAAGUGCCCCUACUACUCCUCGAAACUCGCCGGCUCCAAGGACGCUGCCGCCUGCCCCUGCCACCUCGCCCUGGCUGCCCUGAAGCUGCCCACCGUCCAGCUGGUCUUGGCAGCCUGCGUUGCGGUCACUGCUGGCAUUGCAGCCUGGUACGUGAUGUGAGGCUGGGCACCGGCCACCCACCGGCCCUUGAAGAAAGUGCUCCUUUUCUCCAUUGACAUAAGUGGAUUUUUCAUGCCGGAUUUAAUUGAGGAAACAUUAAACCCAAACCCAGUGUA